AUGCAGACGCUGAGUGAAGCCCUUCUGCACAACAACAACCCUGCUCCUCCGCCGCCGCCUGCCGGGAAUCGGGAUGUGGGACGCUUAGUCUCGGGGCAUAGGCCGCUAGUUUUCGCCGGAGAGGAGGAUCCUGUGAUAAUCGAGGAGUGGAUCCGGUCCCUCGAUAAGAUCUUCACCGUUGUGGGUUGUCUUGAGGAUCGCCGCGUGGAGCUGGCUUCUUUCUACUUCAGUCACGAGGCUGAUCUCUGGUGGGUGCACGAGGGACCCGCGUGCCAAAAAGAGCCUGGUUUCGACUGGUCAGCCCUGAAGGACAAGAUGAGGGAGAGGUUCUAUCCAUCUCACGUCCGAGCCGCCAUGUACGAGGAGUUCUUACAUCUUCAGCAGGGGUCGUCAUCCUUGGUGGAGUACCACAAGCGUUUCCUUGAGCUCGCUCGUUUUGCUCGGAUGCUGGUUCCCACCGAGCUAGCAAAAGUGGAGAAGUUUGUGGCGAGGCUCAACUAUGAAGCCCGGAAGGCGUUAACUGUGAGCAAGCCUAGGACGCUGAAUGAGGCUUAUCUGAGCGCGACCGAUCUGUAUCGAGUGCAACAGCUGCAGCGAGGGUCGUUUGAGUUCGCCAAGAAGAGAAAUGAAGGAAAUGGGUCCCACAGUUUCAAGAAGCCGAGACAAGAUUUUAAAGCUAGACCUGCGCCUCCUCCGUCGCAAGGAUCAACUCGGGUCGAGAGUAGAGCUCAAGGGAGGACUUCUGGAUGCAAGAGAUGUGGGAAAGACCAUGUUGGGAAGGAUUGCCAAGGGAACGUGCUUCGGUGUUUCAAGUGCGGGGAAAUGGGUCACAAAGCUUUCGAGUGCCCUCCCCAAGCUAAUCAGAGAGCCUUACCAUCCAAUGCGAGACCUAGUGGACCUUCGGGAGGGAGCUCCGGGCAAGGUGUGGCAGGGACAAGGCCUUCGGGCAGAGUGUUCGUGAUGGGCCGGUCGCAGGCCGAGACUGAGGGUUUGAUGGAGGAAGAAUCGGCAAGUAACCUUUCUUAA